AUGGAGUCUUCGAUUUUUGAAGAUGAUAUUUUAGAAACAUUUGCUCCCGACUCUGAGGAACUAAGUGCAUUCGCUGUAGUGGACACUCAUCAGUUCAAAGCUAUGUGGAAUUCUGUAUACUUGAUGUUGAAUCGCCUUUACACAAAUAGAUGUGCAAUAUCAAAUGUUUUAGCUGACCGUACAGUUACAAAAUCGGCCAUGGCAAAAAAAUUUGAAAUAGUAGAAGGUGAUUGGAUGAAUAUCGAAACGUACAAAAAUUUGGAAUAUGAAACAAUCGAAGUUAGAGAAAAUAUUCUAGAAAAAGUCAAAAAAUUAAUUGAUGAUAUUACUUUUCAAUUUAAUGAUAACGGUACACAAAUGUCACAAACUGAUCAAUCUGCAACCAAAAAGACUACUAGUGGACUCGAAUUUUUAUAUGGUCAGGAAGAAAAUAAUAUAAAUGAUGCAUCGGCGCAGUAUCAGAAUUAUUUAGGAGAGCCACUACUCAGAUAUUAUGAUUUCUGCCCACUUGAAUGGUGGAAAUCUCAUGAAAAGAAAUACCCAUCAAUCGCACAAAUAGCAAAAAAAUAUUUAUGUAUACCAGGAACGUCGGUUAGCUCGGAACGUUGUUUCUCUACUGCUGGAAAUGUCGUCACACCUAAAAGAAGCUGUUUAUCAACAGAAAAUGUUAAUUUAUUACCUCGAGACAUCACAGUCGACGACGACGACGACGACGACGACGACGUCUACAACGACGAUUGUUCAUACGGUCUAGCUGAUAUAAAA